UGUCUUGGAAAAGAAGAAUGACUGGCCACCCUGAAUGUAGGGCAUGUCCUGGAAAAGGAGGAAGUCUGGUCACCCUGAAUGUAGGACAUGUCCCCAAAAAAGAAGGAAGUCUGGUCACCUUGAAUGAAGGACAUAUCUUGGAAAGGAAGGAGGUCUGGUCACCCUGAAUAUAGGACAUGUCUUGGAAAAGAAGGAAGUGUGAUCACCCUGAAUGUAGGACAUGUCUUGGAAAAGGAGGACAUGCGGUCACUCCUGGCACAGAACCCCCCCCCGGUGUUUUGCCCUCUGCCUCAGGCGGCAUAUCGUCUUGGGCGACCCCUCUGCCCCUCUUUCCUCCACCAUUGGGUCUCUCUUCUUCUUCUUCUUCUCCCUUUCCCCAGAAGAAAGGGGCUGCUGGGGCCAGGCCUCUUGCCACGUCGGCUCCCUCCGUUUCCCGGGCCUCCUCCUCCUCCUCCUCCGCUUCGUGGCAGCAGCCAGCAGGCCUCCAUCCCUUCUUCUUCUUCUUCUUCCACCAAGAAGAGUUGUUGAAUCAAGAAACAUGGGUAGAAAAGAUGCCUUUUCUGCAAAAACGCCUGUUGAUCAGUACAGAAAGCAAAUAGGGAAACAAGAUUACAAGAAAACCAGGCCAAUGUUAAAAGCAACUCGAUUAAAAGCAGAGGCCAAGAAAACCGCACCAGGCAUAAAGGCACUUUGAGUUAUCAGUGAAUUCUUCUGUCAUGAAGCAUUUGAAGGAUAUCCUAAUGAAGAAUGCAAGCAAUCCCAGCAGCACCAGGAGCAGAAUGUGGAGGCAAAAAGGCAUAGUUGACUAAAGGCCAACAGCCCUAACAGUCCAUUGGUCAGAUCUUGAAACUCUUGAGGGAAGGAGGAAACUGGACUGUUUCACUUAUACAGUGCUGGUAAACUAGCAGAUCUCUCAGAUAAAAUGAACCCUACUUUUAUAGAACUGGACAAACCACUGGACUAGGCAGGAUGGCUGAGGGAUGUGUGAUCUUCAGAAGAUGGAAGGCAAGGAAAGCUCCUCUGUGAACAAGGAUAGGAAAGACUAUCCCAGAAUGCUAGUUUACUGCACAGUGGAACGCUGCUGCCGCUGAGCAUUCCCAUCGGGUUCCCAUUGGAUUCCAGGGGACGCCA